AUGGCGUCAUUAGCUUUUACUUCAUCUCAAGCAGUUUCAAGUUCUUUCUCUUCCUAUGAACAACCCAGAGCUUCACAUUUUGGUUUAUUUAAACCUUUGAAUAGGUCUCAUCUUCCAUCAAUGGCUGCGAAUAUUUCUAGGAGGAAGUGUGCGGUGAAGCCAUUGAAUGCUGAGCCGAAACGAAAUGACUCCAUUGUUGAAAAUGUGAAGCAGCGUUGCUUGCCAAAUGCUUUAAACUAUCCCAUGUUGGAGGAGUAUGACUUCAGAAAUGAUACCGUUCAGAAUUUAGAAGGAUGUGAAUUGACCGGUUCCCCCUUGUCUUGUGGUGAAUUUACAGUGGUGGUGGAGGAGAAAGUAAAGGUGGAAGAUUAUGGGAAACUAGCUAAGGAGCUUGAAAAUGGUUCCCCUCUAGAGAUCAUCGAUAAAGCUCUUGAGAAAUUUGGGAACGAUAUCGCUAUUGCUUUCAGUGGUGCUGAAGAUGUUGCUUUGAUCGAGUAUGCACAAUUAACUGGAAGACCAUUUAGGGUUUUUAGCCUAGACACCGGUAGGCUUAAUCCAGAAACAUAUAAAUUCUUCGAUGAAGUUGAGAAGCAUUAUGGUAUCCGGAUCGAGUAUAUGUUCCCAGAUGCUGUUGAAGUUCAGGCCUUAGUACGGAGCAAAGGACUAUUCUCUUUCUAUGAAGAUGGUCAUCAGGAGUGCUGCCGUGUGAGAAAGGUCAGACCACUGAGAAGGGCACUUAAGGGGUUACGCGGCUGGAUAACCGGGCAAAGGAAAGAUCAGUCACCUGGGACGAGGUCAGAAAUUCCAGUGGUGCAGGUGGAUCCUGCUUUUGAGGGAAUGGAUGGUGGGGUUGGCAGCUUAGUGAAGUGGAACCCAUUGGCCAAUGUUGAUGGUAAAGACGUAUGGAACUUCCUCCGCACCAUGAAGGUGCCCAUGAAUUCGUUGCACGCGCAAGGGUACAUCUCAAUUGGGUGUGAGCCGUGCACUCGGCCUGUCCUACCAGGGCAGCAUGAGAGAGAAGGAAGGUGGUGGUGGGAAGAUGCCAAAGCUAAGGAAUGUGGCCUACACAAAGGAAAUUUAAAGGAAGAAGCCCAACUCAAUGGUAAUGGAAAUGGAGAUGUCCAUGCUAAUGGAAGUGCCACUGUUGCUGAUAUUUUUGACACUGAGAAGAUAGUAAGUUUGAGUAGGCCCGGGGUAGAGAACUUGUUGAAAUUGCAGAACCGAAGAGAGCCUUGGCUUGUUGUGCUGUAUGCACCUUGGUGCCAAUUUUGCCAGGCAAUGGAAGGAUCAUACGUUGAAUUGGCCGAGAAAUUGGCAGGGACAGGUAUGAAGGUGGGAAAGUUCAGGGCAGAUGGUGAGCAGAAGGCUUUUGCACAGAAAGAAUUGCAGCUUGGUAGCUUCCCAACUAUACUGUUCUUCCCUAAUCACUCUUCGCGACCCAUUAAGUAUCCCUCGGAGAAGAGAGAUGUUGAUUCAUUGAUGGCUUUUGUGAAUGCCCUGCGGUGAUAAAAAUCGCUCCUCAUUUAUGCAAAUGACAUUUCAACUCAUUUGAGGAGGAGAUUCAAGGUUCUCAUUCAUUCUUGAAGGAUGCAACCACAACCAGUGCAAGUAAUCGGGAGGUGGACUCAGAAUUGCACGACGGCAAGCUAGAAGAUGGAGAAGUGGACUGAAAUGUCAACAUCCUCAGCUUAUUGCCUGUUCUAAUUCUAACACCUAUGGCUAUGUAUGCAUCGGGCGAUCUUUUAUACUGUGUCGAUAAAUAGUGUUUUUUUUUUUUUUUGAAAUUCUGGUUUCUCGGCUGGUAAGAAUUCCAUAUGGGAAAACAGUUUUGUUGAGUGGGAUUGAAGUAGUGUUGAAUUGGCUCCUUGAAAUGAAUGUCAAGGCUUAAGAGUUUAUUUGUGGCAAAUGAGAGAUCUUAUUUUGUUCAAUGUUUGAGUCCCUGAUUUGCUAUGUUAUAGUUGUUAUCCUCAACUAAACAAAGCCCAUGAAGAUGUUUAUGGGACUCCAAAUAACAUAUGGGGAGAAUUAUAUUUAAAUCUCUCGACAGUAUGUAUAUAAGAGCAUCUCCAAGAGGCUUGCUAAACCCACCCCUUUAGCUAUUUUAGAUAACUUCAUCCAAAAAUAUUGCUCCAAGAGAUUAGCUAUCCCGCUGUGUAAAAUAGAUAACCUCAUUUUCACUGGAUAGAUGUAGCUAGCCAGUAAAUCCUUUGUUGGUGCCAAUCUCUCCCUCGUCGCCUCCUCCUCCUCCGCUACUGUGACUCUCGUCUCUCUCUGCCUCUCCAUCGAUUGAAGUCGAAGUUAC